AUGCCGGACCCCGGGCUCCCCGCUCGGCAGCUGGCCGAGAGUGUGGCGACGGGAUGCUGCGGCCCGAGCACCUCGCCAGGCUACGUUCUCCUGCAGCGGCCCCGGGAGGCUGGCCAUGUCGGUCGGCGGCUCGCCAGCCCAGCUGCAGAUGCUCCUGAAACCAAGGUCUCCCUGCCCCGCAGGCACCAGUUGUUCUGCAGACUCACGCUGCGGCACAUCAACAAGUCCCCAGAGCACGUGCUGCGGCAUACUCAGGGUCGGCGGUACCAGACAGCUCUGCGGAAAUAUGAAGAAUGUCAGAAGCAAGGCGUGGAGUACGUCCCUGCCUGCCUGCUGCACAGGAGGAGGCGGCGCGAAGACCCGAUGGACAGCGAUGGGCCGCCUUACUCCAAAGAAGCCUUCUGGGAGCCCGCAUCCAGUGAUGAGGGAGCCCUGAGCGAUGACAGCAUGACAGACCUGUACCCACCUGAGCUAUUCACCAGCAAGCAGCUGGGAGGGACUGAGAAAGGGGACAGCAGUGAUGAUUUUUUGAUGGACGAAGAGGACAAGAAGCCAAGGCCCCAGAGAGAGAAGGGCGCUGGGGACAGAAAGGAGAUGAAAGCAGACCGGGAGCUGGUCCGUAAGCGUGGGGAGAAGCAGUUGGGCUCGUUGAAAAAGAAGUUCAAGAGUCAUCACCACAAGCCUAAAAGUUUCAGUUCUUUCAAACAGUCAGGUUAAUAAAAGAUGUCUGAGAAAGCACGUCUUGGAAACCUUCAAAAAAGCCUUCAGGUGUUUCCCUCUGUUCUUCUUUGGGCUGCCAUGUGUCCUCCGAACUGUGGGGUGUCCCUGGUGUCUUCUCCACCCACUCAUUCUUGUCUCAGGACACUUGCUACCCCCUAAGACAGGGCCGAGAGGAUCUGUUCAUACAGCGGGGUCCUGUCCCCCACACCCAGGAAGCAGCAGGGACUCCGAGAGAAGAGUUCUCUCUGGAUGGGGCUUCUGAGGAGCCUCCAGCAAAGCCUAAAGGAGCAGCUGAACUCACUGCAGCAUCCUGAGGAGAGCCUGGCCAGACCCCUGCCCAGGCGGGGCAGCACCACAGGAGCACACUGCAUACAACCAAUGCCACUGUUUAUUUUGAUGUGUUUCCAAAAAUCAAAACGUUUUCAAGACAACUAAGGUAUAAGGUACAGCAUAAAAUGAGAUUUAUACCUAUUUCUCAAAUAAAGCGAAAAAUUUUUUUGGAAA